AUGGAAGACCCUGGAAAACGAGAUCUCAAGAAGUUGAUAAAUUCGUAUUGCUUCUUUCAACAGUGCUACAAAUUUAACAUGCAGCAGAUUAAUUGUGAAGACCGGCGACUGCAUAAAAGUAUAAUUAAUUCGGAAACACCCCACAAAAAGAUAGAGCACUUGGAAAAGCUGCGGGAUUUUCAGAAUCUACUGAACGAAACCGAGCGACAGAUGAAAAAGGUGCAAUUUGCAAUACAGACAUUUCUAGACUUGAAUGCACCCCUCCAGAACACCAAGGAUUCUCAGGAGGCCACCAGACUUAUCGAGGAACAAAAUGGCUUGGAAAAGAAAAUUCUUAAUGCUAAUAUGUUUCAAGUAGGCGUUUUGGAGACUUGA